UACAAUUCGGACAGUCCGCAGGGACGAUUGCCGACCAACAUGUGGGGGCCAGGAACCACAUUGUUUUUGGGGUUGGGACAUCACGCAUGGCAAAGUGAUCGACAGCCUGGAUCUGUGUCGAUUUUUAGCAGACUGGCAGCCUCUCAUCUUGAGCAUGUCCCAGCCAGCUCAGGAACAGGUUUGUUGACACAACUUUCUUAUAAGUGCAGGCAAAGACGCUCAAAUAUCCUCUACCGAAAACAUCAAGUUUUCUCGCCACUGAACUGGUCCUGCAAGUGAGAGACAGGCCUGAAGGGAGCAGCCUUGGGAAACUAAAAAAUGGUCCAGUUACAAGAGGUCAGCAACGAGAUGGCAGACCGCCUGAAGGCGAUUGAAAAGGAACACGAGAAAAAGACAAACGAUGCUGCCUCAACACCAGGUCAGCCAGCAACAGGAGAUUCCGCCGCCGCCUCAAGCACCAAGCAUGGCCCCAUACCAGCACCGGGUCCGCCAGGUCUGGCAGACGUCAUGAUGGGCGCGCUCCCCUCGAUGCCCCCGGCCCGGACAGCAUUUGGCGAGAAGAAGACUGUCGACGAAGUAGCCGCCGAGCUGAAGAAGUCGCCCUUUUUCAUGACGGAGCUCGAGGAGAACGACGAGACGGAGGCGUUCAAGGCGCUUGCGUACGAGGGCACGCCCCUCGAGAACGCUGGCGAGUUCAAGCACCAAGGCAACGAGUGCUUCAAGGCAAAGCGCUGGUUCGACGCAAAGGAGUUCUACACAAAGGGCGUCUUGAUCCUCGCGGCCGAGGAGCGGAAGCGGAAACCCGGAGCAGAGGGGGGUGGGUGGAAACUCAGCGACGACGAGCGGCAGCAAGCCGUCGACGAGAAGUGGGCCGAGACAACAGACGAGGACAUUGCAAACGCCACCGUUGCCAAGCAGAAACAGCUCCUCGAGCAGCUCUACGGCAACCGCGCGGCAUGCCACCUCGAGCUCAAGAACUACCGGAGCUGCUGGCUCGACGGCGCUGCCGCACUGCGCCUCAACGACAAGAACGUCAAGGCGUACUACCGCUCCGCGCGGGCGUUUCUUGCCGUCGACAGGAUCCCGGAGGCUGACGACGCGUGUGCCCGCGGGCUGGAGAUUGACGGGAACAAUGCCUCGCUCAAGGCAGUUGCGCGGGACAUUAUCAAGCGCAACGAGCAGGUCACGGCCAAGGCGCGCAAGGAGGCGGAGCGGGAGGCCCGGGAGAAGCGCCGCGCGACGCUGCUCCAGGCGGCCCUCAAGGCGCGGAACAUCCCGACCCGCGAGACGGCGCAGCCGCCCGAGAUGGAGGACGCCAAGCUCGAGCUCGUCCCGGACCCGGAUGAUCCCCGGAGCAGCCUGAGCUUCCCGACCGUGCUCCUGUACCCUGUACACCUGCAGAGCGACUUCAUCAAGGCGUUCAAUGAGAUGCAGUCGGUCGGCGACCACCUCGAGUACAUCUUCCCGCUGCCGUGGGACCAGGAGGGGAAAUACACCAGUGCCGGCGUUGAGUGUUAUAUGGAGACGAUGGCGGGCGGGCUGAUCAAGGUAGGCAAGAAGUUGCCACUACUCAAGAUCUUGGGCUCAGGCAAGGUGGAGGUUGUGGACGAAGUUGUGAGGAUAUUUGUGGUGCCCAAGGCUGAUGCCACCGCUUGGGUUGCCGAAUUCAAAAGCAAGAAGGCAGCCGAGAGGGGCGGAUCAUAGCUAUAGCUUCAGCACAAAUAAAUGAAUAUCCAAGUCAAA